UCAAUCUGAUUGGCUGAGAGAAAAACCCGGCAGAAACAACGAGAAGCUGGAUUUAUACAUCCUCCGGCUGAGGUCCGUGGAAAUUGUUUUCGGACGGUUGAAACUGUUUAUAAGGCUGAAAAUAGCACAGCGUUAUUACAUUGUGAGCUUGUGUUGCUUUUUAUGCUUACCUCACCUGAGCGAAUCGUGCUUAGCACAGCAUUUAACAGCUAGCAAGCUACAAAGCAGUAGCAGAAGGUUUAUUUAGUUUCCUACUCGUUUUCCGGAAACCUCCCGCAUUUUGCACGUGCACUCCCAAGAAGACAGCUGAUUGGACAAAUAACCUGUUGGCGGGACCAUUCUGGCCAAGCCUAGCACGGGUGACCGAAUACAGGUGGGAAAAUAAAGAAGAACGGUAGGACUCGGAUAACAGGAAGUUUUAAUCAGAGAGUCCAUGCAUGAUGUAUGAUCCAUCAGAAAACGGUCUGUUUGGUGUGUCUGACUAUGACCAGAUAGAGGACGAGUCCUUUCCCCCUCUCCCACCACCGCUGUCCCCUGGAGAGGGCAACUUCGAUGAGGAGCCUGCGGCCAGCGGAGAGGGUGAAGAGGGAGAACUGUCCAAGCUACCUGAUGUUCCUGUAGUUAAAAGGCGAACAGUUAAGAGACCCCAGCCUAAACUAAACUCUCAGAGGUUGCUAUCUGAACGAGGACUUCCUGCCUUACGUACAUUAUUCACCGAUGUCAAGUUUAAAGGCAAAGGCCAUGAGGCUGAGGAUCUUAAGGUUCUGAUGCGGAAAAUGGAGAACUGGGCUCACAGACUUUAUCCCAAACUACAGUUUGAGGACUUCAUUGACAAACUGGAGGCUCUAGGAGGCAAGAAAGACGUACAGACGUGUCUCAAGCGAAUCCGACUGGACAUGCCUCUGACCCACGAGGAUUUCACUGGAAAUGAUGGCGAUGAAGCAGAGGUCCGCUUCCAAGAAGAUGCAGACCCGUUUGAAGAUCGAAGCUUCUCUGAAGAUCCGUUUAUCCACUCCACUCCUGCUCCGCUCUCUCUUACGGAGGAACAGCAGCAGCGCAUCGAGCGCAAUAAACAGCUGGCCCUGGAGAGAAGGCUGGCUCGACAAAAACAGCUAGAGUCGUCACAGUCAGCGUUCCCAGAUGAACCUGCUGCAAGUCCCACAGCACAUCACCUCAGCCAAGAUGAGCAUAAAGAACUGGAUCAAACCACAGGAAACACUGACACACCUUUAAAUCAGGAUCCUGUGGAGUCUCAGAGCUCCACUCAGUAUAACAAAUGUGACAGUCCAGUUCCAGAGAUAACAAAUGGCAGAGAUAACGAAAGCGACUGAUCAGUUUUACUUUUCCUGAUUGAUGCAGAAUGACUGCCAACAAAUUGUUCAGAGUAAAAAAAACAACAACAACAAAAAACUUUCAAUUGUAGCUGUUGGACCAUGAUGGGUACUUCCUCUGUUAAUCCAGCCAAAUGCUAAUAGACUGCUUGUAUUGUUCUUGACAUCCUCUGUGAGGAUUUAUAAUGAGAAAAGACUGGCUUGAUUUAUGCUUUCCUUACUUCCUGUAAUUAAAUAUAACCAUAAUUAAAAUGCAGAGAUACAGAGAACCAGCUGCUGUAGCUGACCUUUUUAUUAGUAGCUGGUGUUAUUGGGUUCUGUUUAUUGCAUGACUUUCUUUGUUAGGUAUCUGUAAUAAUGGCUGAUGAAUACAGAAUCAGUGAAGAAAUGCACUUACACACAACAAGGUCUAAACUGAUGGUCUCACCUAGUGCUUAGCAGCUUUAACUGUUGUCUUAUAAUAUAUUAAAGCAUAUAUUAUAUCUAAUCCAACUAUCACUAACAAAAGGUUUGAUUAAGAUGAGAGCAUAGAGUUUGUUGAGCUGUUUAGGAAUUUGAGUUUUCAAUAUUCUCAUGCAUUUCCUUUACAUGGUUUGUCUUGGGUGUUCUUUUUUUUUUUUAAGUAUAAUUUUCCAUUCAUGUUUCAUUGGAAUAUUCCAAAUAAAGUGUUUAAUGAUUGUG